AUGGGAUUAUGUGAAAGUAAGGAGACAGAGCAUAUGAGUUCACGUAGAAUUGAUAGUUUCAUUAAAUCUUCUCAUUCUUAUAAUAAUUUAAUAAGUUAAGAUACACAUCAAGGAGGCAGUCUUCCUUAUAAAUAUGAGACUGUGAUAAUACAGGAUAAUUUGAAAACAAUCGCCGAAGAGAGUAUUAUACAAUAAGAACGAUAAAUUCAAUACUAAUCUACAGCGCCAUCUCCAUAAGCUUCGAUUGAGAUGAAGCAGGUGUCUCAGUAGAGUCCAUUGAUGCUACAAAAUCCAUCUGGAACUUGGAAUUUAUAGACACACGCUAUAAAACAUGGAGGAUUGUAUGAGGUAUCGGUAGGAAAGGAUUGCAUUGGAAUGUACGAAGAAUGGGAAUUCAUUUUGAAUAAAGAUGGUCCAAUAAACAAUUCGGAUAGAUUUGUGUUACGUCAUAUAUUGACUCAGACUUUGUUGGUAGCUGAAGAGACUUUGUAAGGAGACUAUAAAGUGGGUUCUAUAGCUAGCAAGACUAUGAGAGAUGAAGCAAUGUGGUAGAUAGAAAUAGGCACAGAUACUCUAUAUGAGAACACUUUUGUUAAAUUACGUCAUGGAAAGUCUAAGUUAUAUUUAUCUAGAACAAAUGAAAAUGGUUCGAUGGAGAAUCAUCGUAAAGUGGCACUUACUAAUUUUGAUCCAAUUAAUAGUUUUUGGUUAGUCAAAUUAAAAUGA